AUCGCUGGGCGGUCGCGGCACCUCCAAUUUCACGUUCGUCAACAAUAAACUACAAUUUGACGACCAUCAUCAUAAAACAAACAAGGCCACAGUGUUGCUUCCUUCGCCAUUUCUAAUUUUCUUCGUCGCUGAUCUAUAAACCAUUCGAAUCAUUGUCAUCAUGGGCAAAACAACCGCUACCAAGAAGGACGCUCCUGCCAAGGGAAAGGCAACGCAAGCCAAGAAGAAGAAAGGCGGAGGCGGCGGUGACACCAAGGACGUGAUCUUGAACUACAUGGCGCAGAUGCACUCUCUGGGGAUUUCCGAGGUCACCGAGGCUGCCUUGUUGAAGGAAACGAACUACGCUGGCACGGACAGCAAAGGAUUUCGAAACCCAAUGAAGGAACUCACCAAGGGCCUGGGCUACAUUACCAAGGAGGCCAAAACGUACAGUCUCUCCGACGAUGGACGUCAGCAUCUCAUGGAACAAGGAAAGCUGGCUUCACCUCCGGCUACGCUGGAAGAAAAACAAGCUCAUCAGCGAGAACUUCUCGGCAAAAUGUGCAAGACUCCUGUGGCCAAGUUGGAUGCGGUUUGGGCGAUUCUCUUGGAUGGAAAGCCCCACACUACCGCAGAACUCUUGACUGCCUCUGGAUACAAGGGCGCCGACUCGUCAGGAUACAAGUCCAUGAUGAAGGAAAUGAAGGCGUUGAAUUUUCUUGAUGAGAGCACAGGCAAAGGAAAGGUCAAGUUCUCUGACAAGGUUCUCAAGCUUUGAGGCUGUCAAUUGAGCUUCCUCGCCACGACAAUGGUGGUCAGAGUAUGCACCGUCUCGAUACUUUGUUUCGAUGAACGGUUCUACAGUACGGUACCUGCUUAGCUUUAGUUAGUUAAAUUCAUGAGCUGAAACUACAGUAUAGCAAAGCCAUAUAUUCAAACAAGCAUGGUUACUUAUAC